UAGAGGACAAUCAUGCGUGGCCAAUCUUCUCGAACUACUGUAUAUUGGCUCGAUUUUGGAUGUUGGAGGUCAAGUCGAUGCUGUAUAUCUUGACAUGUCUAAGGCGUUUGACGAAAACAUCAAAAAUAAAAAAUGCGAGCAAAAUACGAGCGCCGAAAACGUGGUCAUCAUGAAGAACUUAACGCCAAAAUUGGAUUUCGCGAGCGGAAAAUCCGAUGCUAAAACAAAAUAUUUGCUCGAAGAUAAAAACGAGAUGGCGACCAAAAUCGAGUCUCUCGAAGCAACGGUAACAGAACUCACCAAGGACAAUAAUGGGAUAAAACAAGUUUUGGAUUUAAAACAAAACGAAUGA